AUGGAAGUGUUGAGUCCUAAGAAGGAGGAUCAUUUCGGUUUCAACAGGUUUUCAUAUCUAAGUGCUCCUUCUUCACCAAAACGGUUUGGUGAAGCUUUUUACUUAAGUGCCCCUACUAGUCCAUCAAGAUUUUACGCCCAAUUCGAAGAUGAUGACGACGACGGUUUCGCGUUUCCGGUUAGUCGGGAGCAAGAUUCAUCUCCUCGUUCAGCUGGAGAACUCUUCGACGAUGGGAUAAUCAAGCCACUGGAAUCUGAUAAUUCAGAUCUUUUAUCUCCGCUUAUAUCUCCGAAUCCAGUGAAACAAUCUUCGAUAGCCAAAGGAAAGAAAUCAAUCUUAGAAGCUUUUUCAUCUAAAAAUAAGAAUGAUUUAUCAACUCAGGAGAGAAGAGGUAGAGAUAGAACACCGUCUUUUGAAUUUUCUACAUCAAAAUCUGGUAGAAGAAUCAUUCGUUCCGAUUCUCCAUCUAGAAAACCACAGUACACAUGGAUUGAAGAAAAACAAAAGGAACAUGAACAAAAACAAAGUAAACAAUCGGAGGUUGAAUCUGUUCCUUCAUCUCAUUCUUGGAGAACUUCUAGAAUAUGGAGAUUGAAGGAUUUUUUGUUGUUUCGUAGUGCUUCUGAAGGGAGAGGUACAAGCAAGGAUCCAUUCAGGAAAUUCCCUCUUUCUUACACCAAGAAAUCAUCUGAAGAAGGUAAAGGUUCGUCAUCACCGUUUAGAUCGAAUAUACCAAAGUCUAGAAGAAAAGAACCGGUUGUUUCUGCACAUGAAUUGCAUUACAAUAGAAAGAAAGCUGAAAAUGAGGAUUUGAAGAAGAAAACUUUUUUGCCUUAUAAACAAGGGAUUUUGGGUAAGUUGGCUGGGUUAGGAUCAAGCACAAGAUGA